UCGGUCUCACUUCAUCCCCAAACCAAACAGGCCAAGGUAGGGAGGAUAGAAGGAGAGAGAGAGAAAGAGAGAGAGGAGCACAACAACACGAAGAGAAGGACCUCUUCCUGUUCGUCCAUCUCUUCUCUUUCUUUCUACUAGCUAGAGAAAUUAAGGUGAUAAAACGAAGAGGGCAGAUGGCUCGCUCUCUCUCUAGUGCUGCUGCUCUCGCUGCGUCCGUCUCUCAAAACAUCGCCCUCUUGGUUAACCGGAGGGGAUACGCUGCGGCAGCGGCGGCGGCGGCUGGUGUGAGAAGGUCCGUGGAGCAGAAAACGGUGGCGCGCAAGGUGGUAGACUCCUCGACCACCGCCGCCUCCUCCUCCACCUCUGCUUCGUCGAAUUCUUGGGUCCCGGACCCGGUGACGGGGUACUACAGGCCCAGCAACCUCCGAGCGCAGGUGGACGCAGCCGAGCUGCGCGAGAUGACUCUCUCCCACAAGCAAUGAACCGACGCCGAGUAGUUACUCCUCGCUGGAUUUUACUCCACCUCUUAUGUAGCAAGAGACGUAGUAAGAGACGGAAGGAAGCAUCGAUGCGUGGCGUCAUCCUUAUAUGUAUGUUUCUUUGGCUUCCAGGGAAUCGAUGCUAAUGAAUAAGAGUUUGGAUUUAGGAUC